UCGAAUGAAGUUGGGCGGAAUUCGUUCUACACCGGUUAGCCAUAUAUUUUUCUACAAGGAAUGGCAUUUCCCACGAAUUAGAACCGCGGAGUCCCCACGAAUGCGGGGGUGACCUUGCCAAGAACCCCAUGUUUGCCGCUCAACAGGGAAAUAAAUCGCCUAUGGGGUUCCCGUCAAUGUAUAUCAAUGUGACGUUGCAAAGGUUUAAACAUUUUCCCGUACAUAUGGGUAAAACUAAGAUGGAGUACUCGAGUACCUACAUGUCUUUUUUACCCCUCAUCUUACAACGUGUUGUACUCCGUAAGACCGACCUGUCUUUCUUGCGCGGAAAUUCUGGUUGCGCUAGUCACUACUACCUACUACUAUCGGUGUAGCGGGUCCGAAGAAGUAGCACAGCAUAUGAUCGGUCUGUUGUUCGUUUUCAAGCAAUCCCAUUUCAUCUUUGAACAUCUCAAUUCUUUUCUUACGACUGCAAAUCAAAAUGGUCCAGUCUGAAAAGCCAGAAGUUGCUCAAAUCGAAGCUGCUCGUGAAGCUCCUUCAGCUCAAAAUGGAUUCUACAUAGACCCCGAGAUCGAGAAAAGAGUGGUGCGAAAGUUGGACAAAAGGCUUAUUCCACUGGUGAUGCUAUUGUGUAAGCAACAUAACCCGGAUUCCAUGUGCAGAGAUUAAUCGACUUUUAUAACAGAUCUUCUAUCAUAUCUUGAUCGGUCAAAUAUUGGGUAUGUUGAAGACUUGAGGAUAUGAGCGCUACAGUAUUUCUGACACUACAAUAGCAAUGCUAAAACUGCUGGGAUGACGAAAGAUCUGGACAUAUCUAGCCCAGAAUACGAAUGGCUAUUGACAAUCUUUUAUAUUUCAUACAUCGUGUUCGAAUGGUUUGCUUUGAUGUGGAAGGUUCUUCCUCCACACGUAUGGGCUUGCUUUUGUGUGGUUGGGUGGGGUAAGUUACUUCAUUUCAUUUUGUUCGAUUUCCAUUAGUGUUUAGACGUUUUUAUCAUCUGCGUUCUCAAUACAUUCCUACCACUUUGGUUACUAAAUUUUUCGGAGACAUUCUUAAUUAUGCAACUACUAACCUCUCGAUGUCACAGGUACGGUCGCCACUCUUCAAUCAGCCACGCAAUCAUGGUCUGGUAUGAUGGCAGCUAGAUUUUUCCUUGGAUUCUUCGAAGCAGGUUAUGGACCCGGUAUUCCAUACCUCUUAUCCUUUUUCUACCUGCGCCACGAAAUCGGCAUACGUAUUGGACUUUUCUUAAGUGCUGCACCCUUGGCAACUUGCUUUGCAGGUGCAUUAGCAUAUGGUAUCACUAGUGGACAUGCUGCGAUUGCCAAUUGGCGUCUUCUAUUUCUGGUUGAGGGUCUACCAUGUGUGGCUACUGGAAUUUUGACAUAUUUUGUCUUGCCUGAUAGUCCCGAGAAAGCACGCUUUUUGAAUGAAGAAGAGAAGGCGGUCGCCAGAGCACGAGGUGUACGACAAGUAGGCGCAGAAGAAGAACGUGCUGGAGGUGUUAAAUGGGCUGAUAUUGCUGCCGCUCUUGUGGAUCCCAAAGUACGUUUCAUCUUACGUCUCUUUCUUAAAGGUUUAAUUUCUAACGGCAUAAUUAGAAUUAUCUCACAGCAUUCAUGUAUUUCUCAUGCAAUGUCUCAUUCAGUUCCCUCCCUGUCUUCCUCCCCACCAUUCUCAACGAGAUGGGCUUUACCUCCGUCGAUGCUCAAGGUUUAUCCGCUCCACCAUAUUUCCUUGCGUUCCUCGUCGUCAUCAUUUCGGCUUAUAUUGCUGAUCGCACUCAACAACGUGGUUAUGUGCUCAUGUGCCUGUCAGUUAUUGGUGCCGUCGGAUAUAUUUUACUAGUAAGCAUAACCAUUUCAAAUAUCUUAUCUAAUAAAGUUCAUGCUGACGUACGCUCACAGGCCACCACGUCCUCGGUUGGUCCUCGGUACACUGGGGUUUGUCUCGCUGCGGCGGGUAUCUUCCCCGCUAUUGCGAAUAUCCUUCCCUGGGUCCUAAAUAAUCAAGGCUCAGACACCAAGCGCGGUGCUGGUAUUGCAAUUCUCAAUAUUGUCGGUCAAUGUGGUCCUCUUCUUGGUACGAGGAUGUAUCCUACUGGAGAUGCUCCAUACUAUCGCAAGGGAAUGUGGGUUUGCACUGCUUUUAUGAUUUUCAAUGGAAUUUUGGCUUUUGCCUUGAGAACUCUGUUGAACUGGGAGAAUAAGAGAUUGGACCAGAAGUAUGGUGAGGUGGGUAGAAGAGAUGCUAACGGGAUUGUGGUGGGUGAAAAUCCAAAGACGGGAGAGACGAUUGGUGCCGGUGUUGGAGAUGAGAAUGAUGGGCCUACGUUUAGAUAUGUUUUGUGAUUUUGCAUGAUGCUUAAGUUGGUGGCAUAUGUGGUUAAGAGAUAUAAGAUAUAUAUAUUCUCUGCAAUAUCAAAAUACAUGAUGAAGAAACAAGCUUCUACUUAA